UUCGUUGCUAAGUAACGCACAGAAUGGUCAGGGGACGAUAAAGGCAGAACUUGAAGCAUUAGAUUAAAGACACUCUCUCCUAAUUAUAUUUUUUACUAGUACCAUUAGCUGAAGCAGUUUUAUAGUGUAGCAGUUCACUGAAUGGCAAGUGAUUUGGUCUUUAAGUCAGUUUAAUUGGAAAUGGAUCGAUACAAGCGCCAGAUUAGACUCCGUUGUGACAGUGGAUUACCUAUCAAACGAGAUACACCCGUGAAACCAGCGCUGACCAGACGAGACCAGCACAGGAAACUUCUAUUCCGCAAGCAUUAUGAAGCUUUUCCAGAAGAACCUGAGAGGGAAGUCACGAAUGACUCCACUGUCAAACCAAAGAGCCCAGUAUCUGCCAACACUGUACACCAUAAAUCUACUUUUAGCUUAAGCACUCCUGCAUUUACUGAAACUACCAGACACAAAGCAACCUUACCUGCCAUUCAGGUGACUGUAGUAGAGGCUCAUGAAGGUGAUGAAAUGUCGGGUAAAGAAGACGAGCAAAGCUUGGCAGUGACGCCAGAAAGCUUCACAUUAUCUAGCAUGGAGACUGCCACAACUUUCAGCUCUGGUGACACAGAGGAUGAGGACUUUUUGGACUCUGCAACUUCUAACAAUCUUCCCUCUCCAGAGAUCUUCAGAAGAGAAAACAAGGUGGAAACCUUCAAUUUUUCCAUUGAGGAAGACCUGCUGGAUCUCCAUCGUCACAUAAAAAACUCCACUUUGUUGGAUGUCAGCCAUGCUGAGAGCAUACACAUGCAUCAUCCCCCUAACCUUUCUACCAUCCUGGGAGUAACUCUGUCUGCAGAUGCCUCCACUAUUCUUGCUGAAAAGACCUGUGAGAUCAGCAACAACAGAGAAGCCGGAUCUGCUGCUAAAGUACAAAAUGACUCGUUGAAAUCAGACAAAACCUUUAAGAGGAAAACCCCACCAAGACUCAGCUACAGAAGACCCAUCUUGUGUAAGAAGAAGGUUUCAUUCAAAAGUCCUGUAAUUGCUGAGACCUUUGAUGGAAAAUGCAUACCAGCCUCAAAGUUAAUGACUCCCAGUCUCAACAAGCCAUUGCAAAUGUCCAGCCCACCUGAGGAGUUGAAGCCUGAUGCAGAGAUCAGCUCGGAAGAAGAAACAUUAGCUCUGACCAUGUUGCUAAAAAGCUGUUUAGUGCACCGAACCAUCUUUCCUGCCACAUUUGAAGCUAGAAUAAGAAAACAGAAAACUGUGGCUUUACCCCCUCAUCUGGAUUAGAUUAGUCUAAUUGUAGAAAGUCCUAUAUGAAAAUGGUCUGUAACUACUUAAAAGAAGGAGAGAAGAAUCUAUGGAACAAACUUAAAAUAACAUUUAAGAACUAAUUAAAGAGACAUGCUAGACUGGCGUUUAUGUUCAUAUGAAAAAAGUGUGAUGUGAAAUGACCACUAGAUGGCACAUAUGUAUUUACCUUUAAAAACCAUUGUCUGUCUUGUCCAUACAGUGAGCUUUUCCACCUUUAAAUGUGAUAUAUGUGUGUCUAUAUAUGUGUGUUUUUUUGCUUGUUGUGCUUGUCCAUAUUUGCAUUUAUUCUCGUGACACGUGUUACUAUAGACUUUCUAAAUGAAGAAUGAUUUAAAAGCAAAGUUUAAAUGUAUAAGAUAUGUAUUUUAAGUAUACUCCAUCUAUAUUUAUGUAUAUUUGUCUUUGUCCUCAAAAUCUGCAUAUGUAUUUGAUUUAGAAAGUGUCUAAAGCAAAUAAAAAUACAUUAAAAUGC